AUGAUCAUUUUUAAGCAAGAGCUUUGCGAACAUCUGGUGUUCGGAAUAUGUGGUACGAAACGUCAUUUUCCCACAGUAUUAUCAGGAUUUAUAAUAAACGAUCGACGAAUUCUUUCAAAUGCUCAUGCUGUUUCAAAUUCAUCUGUUAUUCGUAUUCAAAAACAUGGUGAUACAAGGAAAUAUCCUGGACAUAUAUUACACAUUGCACAUGAAUGUGAUUUGGUUAUGUUGACUGUUGAUGAUAAACAAUUCUGGAAUAAUGUAAAUUCAUUGAUAUUCAAUGAAAUUCUACCUGAAUUACAGAAUUCAAUUUUAAUUGUUGGAUAUCCAAUUGGUGGUGAUAAUUUAUCGGUAACAAAAGGUGUUGUUUCAAGAGUUUGUAUGUCGACUUAUUCCCAUUCAUUAGAAUAUUUGUUAUCAAUACAAAUUGAUGCUGCAAUUAAUCCUGGUNAUCCUAGUCGGAAUCACAGAUUUAGUGAUAUUCUCAUGUGUACAACAGCUGCACCAACCUAUUUUCCAGCUUAUAAGUUAAGUAAUUCUGUUUUUGUCGAUGGUGGAGUUCAAGCUAACAAUCCAGCAAUGAUCGCUUAUGCUGACGCGUGUGCUAAAAAUAUUAAUCGUGAUAAUAUUUUUAUUCUCUCUCUCGGUACUGGAGAUUAUGUACCCGAUCCAUUGAAUCCAGAUGCACAGCGAAGUCUUCUAUUUUGGGGGAAUAAUUCAACUAGUGUAUUAAAAGUUAUUUUUGAUGGUCCACAGAAUAAUAUUGAUUAUCAAUUGAGUAGUAUAUUAAACACUGAUAUGUAUCAUCGAUGGCAAAUUUGGCUUGAAAAUCCAAUUGUACUGGAUGAUAUACGAAAAGAAACAUUAGAUUAUUUGAUAGAACUUGCUCAUAGUUAUUUUGAAGAAAUGGACGCUUUUGAUAAUAAUCAUAGAUUAGGUAAAAUUAUCGAACGGUUAAAAAGAGAUUAA